AUGUGCCGAAGACAAACUCAGUGGAAGCCCCGUGAUGCUUACGCCCUGUCGGCAGCAUCUGAUGACAGCUCGGGAGAUGAGAAGAAACUUUACACACUAGUGGCUCACAAAACGACUGAUGGCCGCAUGGUUAAGCCAAUUUUCAAAGAAAUCACUUGGGAUGGUGUGCCUGUUACUAUGUUGAUCGAUACGGGGUCCCCCGUGAGUGUUAUCUCAAUGAGCCUGUUCAAGCAGAAUCAAAGCAGAUGGCCGCCUCCAAGCAGCACCACUCUCAGACUGUCAUGUUUUUUGGGAGAGCUUCCAGUGGUUGGAGAACUGCACAUGAAAGCAAUCUGUGAGGAACACGACGUACAGGGCACCCUGGUUAUCGUCGAUACUCCUGGACCAGCGCUGUGCGGAAGGGACACGAUCAAGGCGUUUAACAACUGCGGAGUAGCCAUGAUGAUUUCAAAUGUCGUCGCAAACCUCAGCACGCGCAAGGAAGACCGCACAAGCCAGCAACUUCAGACCUUGCUCAAGGAAUUCGAAGAUGUGUUUUCGCCAGGUUUAGGACUAUACAAAGGUCCACCUGUGAAGCUGAUCUUGAAAGAAAACGCCACGCCCCGCUUUUGCAAAGCACGUACGGUGCCAUAUGCUUUGACGACCAAACUGUCUGAUGCUUUGGACCGAUUAGUGGCAGACGGCGUUAUAUCACCGGUUAUGGCAGCAGAAUGGGCGACGCCGGUGGUUCCAGUAGUUGAAACUGAUGGGUCCAUUCGACUGUGUGGCGAUUUUCGGCUGACAGUGAACGUGGCCACCGUGACUGAGCAGUACCCAUUACCUCGUGUGGACGACAUCUUUGCAAGACUGAAUGGCGGUGAAGUAUUUAGUACACUGGAUUUGACUCAAGCGUACAACCAGCUGCCCCUGGAUGACGAGGCCAAGAAGCUGACUGUCAUAAACACUCACAAGGGCCUAUUUUGCUUCAAUAGGCUUCCUUUUGGAAUUAGCUCAGCUCCGGCCAUCUUCCAGAGGCAUAUGGAUGCCCUGUUCAAGGAUCUUCCGGGUGUACAAGCCUAUCUGGAUGGCAUCAUAGUGGCCGAAAAGCGCAAUGACACUUCAUUGCUAAAGCAAGUCCUGCAGCGCUUACGUGACUAUGGGCUCAGGAUAAACAUUAAGAAAUGCAAAUUCAGACAAGAAGUCACCUUUCUCGGACAUCGAGUCUAUGCUAAUGGGCUCAAACCGAAGGACGACAACAUUGAAGCAGUUCUCCAAGCACCGGUCCCCAAGUCAGUGAGUUAA